UAUUUAUAUAUUUAUAGUUAAAUACACAAAUCUGAGUGUUUGUUGAAGUCAUUGCACACUUGUGUUUCCUCUCUCUCUCUCUCAUCCUUUUGGUAUAAUUAGAAAGAGGGACAGGUUUUGAGUCUUUGUUGAUAUAUUUAUAUCAAAAGCCUCCCAGCAACCAUGGCUUUGCUUCCGGUGAAGCCUCUGUCUUUCCACCGCUUUCAGGUUUUCAGCGGGCAUCAUAUUACUCCGGCGGUUUCAACAGCUCUGACAAUGGUUUCUGCCGGUUUCAGAAGCCAUCAUUUUGUAGGGCUCCCGUCUUAUGAUCUAUGUCUCCAUGAAUCUGUAAGGCAUAUGAGAAGCAUAAGGUCGUGGAGCAGUCGUCGCCGAGUAAGCAAAACCGCAGGAGUGUCUAUGCCAGUGGCUUCGGCUGAGGAUUUACCGGCCGUUUCUUGGGAUUCUUGGAAGCCCGAGAAGACCACGGUGGCUCCGUCACUAAGUGACGUCAUUUGGCCUGCAGCAGGAGCGUUUGCGGCUAUGGCGAUAAUGGGAAGGAUAGAUCAAAUGCUAAACCCUAAAGGGAUCUCAAUGUCAGUUGCACCACUUGGUGCCGUUUCUGCCAUUCUCUUCACCACUCCUUCUGCACCUGCUGCUAGGAAAUACAAUAUAUUCAUGGCUCAAAUAGGAUGUGCAGCCAUUGGAGUGUUGGCCUUUUCUAUUUUUGGGCCGGGUUGGCUCUCCCGCAGCACAGCUCUCGCCGCUUCCAUUGCAUUUAUGGUCAUUGCUCGUGCUAAUCAUCCUCCUGCGGCGAGUUUACCACUACUGUUCAUUGACGGAGCAAAGUUACAAAAGUUGAACUUUUGGUACGUAUUAUUUCCAGGUGCAGCGGCUUGCGUCCUCCUCUGCUUCCUCCAAGAGAUCGUGUGUUACUUGAAGAAAAACUUGAAAUUUUGACGAUGAAAAAGGGACGUCAAGAGUGUUAUAUGCAUGUAUAGACACAUUGGUGGAGGAGUUCUUGUGCAGAUUUUUUAUUUAUGUUAGCCAUUUAGCGAAGAUGGUCGACGUACUCGUACCCCAUACAUAAAUGAAUAUACAUACACAAAUAUACAUAAUUCCACAAAAUUUGUUAACUAAUUUUUUUUGUUUUUGGGUUUUUAAGUUGAGCUCAAAUAUUUUAGGGAAAUAAUACUGCGUAUCAGUACUAUAUAUCAUCAUACAUCUAGACACAUGGACACGGUAUAAUUAAAAUUAUUUUCUUUAUC